UGAAACAAUGCAUAUAGUGCAGAAUAACCCAGCAAGCUGCACCAAACCCUGGAGGCCUCAUGACCCGGGUCAUCAAUGCCCCUUCCCCACGCAUUAAAUCACCUCGACCCAACCUUUACCAAUACACAGAAAAUUUCAGAACACUUCGAAUAGAAUGAUGCCAAGUGUCAGACAAAGCACCAACCCCAUCAACCCACCACAUUCACCAGACCAACCACAACUAGUCACAGAAGAAAUCCAAGACCCACUCACCCCAAAUUCCCCACUCAUCCCCAUCUCCUACCCAAAAUGCAGAACCUUUGGUUGUUCCCUUUGCUUGCAUUCCUCCACCUCUCCUUUCCCAAAGCCUCAUCCGCUGACAUUGGAAUUGGUGGUGGAGUUGGAGUCUGGAUCAAUGGGAGGGGCGUUACCGUCACUACCAGCCCCCAAGCCCCACCACCCAGCACCUCAGAUCUCAGCUCCAGCAGGGAGUACGCAGCCCUCCAAGCCUGGAAGAAAGCCAUAACAGAGGACCCAUCAGGAAUUCUAACUAGUUGGGUUGGCCCUAAUGUGUGCUCCUACAGAGGUAUCUUCUGCUCAGAUCCCCCUGACCCGUCCUUAUCCACUGCUAGAAGCGUGGUGGCAGGCAUAGAUCUCAACCGUGCCAACCUCAAGGGAUCUCUGGUGAAGGAGCUCUCCCUCCUCACCCACCUCUCAAUCAUCCACCUCAACAGCAACAGGUUCUCAGGCACGGUCCCAGACUCCUUCAGAGAGUUCCAGUACCUCUCAGAGCUGGACCUCAGCAACAACCUCCUCUCAGGGCCUUUUCCAACCCAAACUCUUCUCAUCCCAAACCUCAAGUAUCUGGACCUCAGGUUCAACAGCUUCUCAGGGGAGGUCCCAGAUGAGGUGUUCGAGAAGGACCUGGAUGCCAUCUUCCUCAACAACAACCAGUUUGAAGGCCAGAUCCCUAUGAGCAUCUGGAGCUCUCCUGCCACUGUGCUCACCCUAGCUAACAACAAGUUCUCAGGGUCUCUUCCUGCCAGCUUUGGAUACACGGGUGCUGGGAUUAGAGAGAUCCUCUUCCUCAACAACAAGCUCACAGGUUGCAUUCCAGAGGGAGUUGGGUAUCUAUCAGAGAUGGAGGUCUUGGACUUGAGCUCCAACUCACUCACGGGCCACCUCCCAGGCUCUCUGUCGUGCCUCACUGGGAUGGAGGUCCUUAACAUAGCACACAACCAGCUAACAGGGGAGCUUUCCGACUUGGUAUGUGAUUUGAGGAGCCUUGCAAACCUUACGGUGUCUUAUAACUUCUUCUCUGGGUUCAGCCAGGACUGUGCAAAGAAUGCGUGGUUUGAUUUUGCUGGGAAUUGCAUACCUGGGAGGGGCAUGCAGAGGCCUCCAUCGGAGUGCAUGGGAGUGCCUGGGGGUGAUCUGAGCUGCCUGAGGAUCCCAACCACCAAGCCUGUAGCUUGUGUUGCAGGAGCCAUCAUGGGGCAGGUGGGUCGAAUGGUUGGGAUCCCAUUCAACUUGCCUGCUUCGCUGCCUUCUUCUGUACCAUGAGCUGUGUGAAGACUGGGCUGGACUGUGUGGUAGUUGAUCAUUUAGUGGCAGGGACAACCGGCUGUAUAUGUAUUUAAUGAUCGAAGCUCUCUUCAAUAUCUUGAGUGCUCAAACACAGUUCCUUUCUCUUUUAUAUUUUUAGUGGCUUUAGAACGUUUUGACGUCCAAAUGAAGCAUAGGCAUGUGUCUGGCCACUCUGGAUCAAGCUUUUUCAUGUUUGUAUUGGCAUUUAUUAUAUUCCUAUUCAAAGUU